GACCAGAACGCGGCGGAUGUUACGCAAGUGACGAGGCACACGCCGCUGCCGGUUGUCAAUGUGGUUCUUCUACUCUGGAGGAGGACACGCUUACACCGACGAGGCUGGUGGCUCUCUUGUUUCGAGAAAGGGCCCGGCAGCAUGGGAGAGACGCUUCCUGACACACGCACGGAAAGCGAAGAAAAAUGCAAUGUGAACAUUUACACGAUCAGCCAGCCUUGCUCAAGCGGCCGCAGUUCACCAACCAACAUGAGCUUCCGUAUGCGCAACUUGCAGCCGGACAGCGUCUCCACCAAUCACGUUCGCCCUCCUUCUUCGGAGGAGAGCCUCGAGUCAAACAGGUCUGCCACCAGACGAAACUUGACGACGAUGUUGAGCCUUAUCUACGCCAUAUUCAUCGUGACCCUCGGCUGUAUCUUCACAUCAACCUACCAUGGCCAUUUGUUCUCCAUGAAGGAGUACGACGAGGUAUACGGCAUUGUGAUGUGCGUUGUGGGCAUAGCGUGGCUGGUUGUGCUGCACGUGGACCUGACACGCUACAAGCUCCAUAUCCUGGCACGCAUCAAGAAAAAAUUGAAGGAGUACGAAGAUCUGGCGGACCGUUUCUCUUUCACUACCGAGUGCGUGAUCAACGAACAAUACCCGUGGGCCGAGACAACCAAAGACGAAGAGGACGAAGAGGAGCACCACGUGCUGCCGCACUACCGCUUCCUCAAGGGACGACAUUCAGGAAGCUUCUUCCUGAAGACCGGUAUGGCCGUGUUUUGUUCCGGGCACAUUAUCCACGAAGGCUUAAUGCUUUCAAAACACGUGAUCGACUGGAACAGAGACCCUGAAAACUGCAGAGACAUCAUCAGCAUCCUUCUCCACUCGCUGAGGCCUGUGUAUUCUUUUUACCAGCUGUUCAUCAUUUUCAAGUACUCGAACAUUGUGAUCAAUAGAUUCAAGGAAGUCGCAAGGUUCGGCGUGAUGCACCUUAUCGCAACAUCGCUCCACGCAUGGUUCAGCACGAUCGUCGACGAUGCCAUGAGCAGCCACACUCACCAUGCCAGCGAAGGUCACCACAACUUGUCAAAUGGCUCGCAGCACUCGGCGACUGAUGGCUGCAAAGGACCUUAUAGUCCAACGUUCAGCUCAGCGGCCUACCUGUACCCGUGCACCAUCGAGUUCAGCAUAAUUUUGGCGGGAGUGUGGUUCAUCGUGUGGCAAAACAUCGGCAACGUACACCUACACUCUAAGUCGCACCACCUGGAGCAGAAAAUUGACGGGCCUGAAGGCAACCACGAGAUCACGUACGAGAGCAACGUGGUCAUCAGCGCCGACUGCCACGCAGCCAACAAAGGUCUUUUCUCGGGAAUUCUCGUCCUGCUCACGUCCAUCAUCACCGUCAUCAUCUUCUUUGUGGUGCUCCAGGGUUCCAACUUCAAGACGGUCGGCGGAACUAUCUACAAUUGUCAGGAAGGUAUCCUGACGGCUCUGGGACUGCUCGCUAGCAUCGUGGCCUACUUCAAGGUUAUCCAGUUGGACCAGAACGCGCACCCGGUGACGUUCCUGGAUAACUUCUUGCUUUUCAUUCCACUUCCGUUCUUCUUCAUUCACGCCAUCUUGUGCAUAAUGGCGGAACUUCACCUGUCGGACACCUUCAGGAUUGUGCUUCGCGUGGUUGCACUCGUGCAGAUCAUCAUCCAAACGCCGGUGCUCGUCGACGGACUCCGAAGGUGCAGCAACUCGCACGUGCUCCGCUACCGCAAACCGGGCAGAGAGAUCAUCACCUUCCUUCUCAUUUUGAAUGUCACUCAGUGGGUCGUCUUUACGGUGCAGCAAAAGCACAUAGACGACCUGAUCGCCGCAAAGCUAGUCUACGGGAACCUCUGGUCCUUCAUUGGACACGCUACAAUCCCACUGAUGCUGUUCUACAGGUUCCAUUCGGCUGUUUGCCUGGCAGACAUCUGGCAAGCGGCUUACCACAAGGGCGAGUGAAAGUGAUAGCGCGCUAUUCGGCUAAGACGUUUUGACAUCAGACGCAAGCAUUUCUGUUUCACGAAGAAGGCCUGUCCCCGGCUGAAAUUGCUGACGUUAUCUGCUACCAAGUUUAUAUCUUGCUGUGUUGACGACUUUUCACCGCCUAUGGGUUGCAUGAACAUCAUUCUGAGAAAUCCUUAAACGCUCACACACUACAGUGACUAGCAGCGGUCACUGGACCAUUAGCGAUUGAGGAUGCGGUUUAAAGACUGGUCACGCCACUAGAAAUGGAGUUACCCACAUCUUCACACCACCUUCUCAACUGCAGUAAAGUAUCCGACUCAUAGUCAUCUGCUUGGAGGCUCGCAACUGCAGUUGCGUGACUGGCAAAUCGAGCAAGAUGUGACUGAGCGGGAGUAGUCCGACCAGAGUGGCCGCUUGAGAGCAUAUUUGUGAAUGCUCGCCUUGUGAUUACACGGCCGGUGCUACACAUAGGUGUGAGUAUUAAAAAUGAAAACUAUAAUGAAUUUAGCCGCUAAACAUACUGACCGUAACUGAAGAACUGGAGCUGCUCAUGAAAUUCAGCGAAGCGUCAGCCUUGCUUCAUCUUGUCGUCUUAAGUCUUGUUCAAGCUCCCAUUAUUACAUCCUUAUUGGAAUGUGCUAUAAAACAAUGCAGAAUACACAACUUAUUACUCGGUAUGCUUUUGAAUAUAUAGUAAAAUAAAUCAACACUAUGUUGAAAUACAAAAUGUUCGAGCAUU